CGAAACGCACAGGCUUGUUUGCUUAUUGUUAGCGUAUAAUCAUGGGAUCUGUCAUAUUUCUACUUGAAACUCUUCUCAUGCUAUUUUUUUCCGGAAACGUAAAUAGUAAUAACUUAAAUUCAUAUUUUACCGGAGAUACAAAUAACUUGUUUUGGGUUGUUCAGGUGUCGGAUAUUCACAUCAGUCGGUUCUAUGGACAUUCUCGUGGGCCGGAACUGCGGACGUUCUGUGACACCCACCUCGGCGUGAUACGCCCAGACCUGGUUAUGGCCACAGGGGAUCUGACUGACGCAAAAUUUCGGGACUUAAAGGGUUCCCGCCAGUAUGAGGACGAGUGGAAGGCGUACAACGAGACGGUAUACCACUGUAAGAGGACGGUGAAGACGUGGCUAGAUCUUCGUGGAAACCAUGACGCCUUUGACACAGAGCAUCAUGAUCAUAAGAACAAUCUCUUCAGGUUCUACUCCUCUCAAGGCAGAGCGAAUCCAAGUUCGUACGUGUAUCAUCACAAAAAGACGUUCGGGACAUACUCAUUUAUCGGUGUUGAUUCGACUCCCAACCCUGGUCCAAAACGACCAUUCAAUUUCUUCGGGUACAUCUCAGAGGCUGGAGAGAAACUCAUUGCCGGCCUCCUACAUUCAAGCAGAAGCAGCAAUAUGACCAUUACUUUCGGGCACUACCCCACUUCCGUAGUCGCGACCAGGACCGGUUCUAGUAUUCGAGAUAUGCUGAGGAAUGUGUCUGUUUACGUGUGUGGGCACCUGCACAUACUUGGCGGGAUGGCGAGGCGGAUGUACGCCCGGCACAGCACAGGCCUUUUGGAGCUGGAACUUGGGGAUUGGAAAGACAACAGGAUGUAUCGAAUUCUUGCCAUCGAUCACGAAAUUCUCUCCUUCCAUGACGUAUCAAUGAACACGUGGCCAGUAGUUGUGAUAACUAGCCCUAGGGAAGCCUCGUUAGUGCCUUCUUCAGACACUCCGCCUAGACUUGCAUCGCACAUUAGAAUGCUCAUAUUUACCACGGGUGAAGUUAAAACCGUUGAAGUACAUAUAGACGGCGUGUUUAAAGGGAAGGCUACUCCAGCUGGAGGACCCGUGUAUGUGUUGCCAUGGAAACCGGAAGACUACAACUAUGGGCUCCAUACAAUGGCAGUUACUGUUAAAGACAUUUUGCACGGUACACACAUGAUGGAACACCAUUUUUCAUUGGACAACAGCCGUUUAUCAUUUCCGUUCAUGGGAAGACUCGUACUUAUGAUGGAUGUUGCAGUCGUGUUCAAGGUGAUAUUUUAUCUGGUCGUGUCUGUCUACAUCGUUACACUACUUCUUCUCAAUAGCUGCCAGAACUUGGAACCACAUCUAUUUAAAGGUCGUAGAGGACCGGUUGGCAUGGUUACAUCCUUGUAUAAUAAAUGGCUUUACUGCUUGUGGUUGGUUGGAAAGUACAACAAGCUGUGUUAUUCCCUUGUGGCUUUCAUCGUCUAUGUCGCCUUUGGUCCAUGGUUUGUUGGAGAGCUUCUGGAGGGCCGCACAGGCGUGGUGUUUGUCUGGGGAAUGAUUGUACACGGCUCCUACCUCCCAGUCAGUCUCACUUACGUUUAUGGGCUCUUUCAGCUUUUGACGUUCAACUUUCCGCUUACAAUCUUCUGGGGCCAUUAUCUUCAUAUACAGAAAUACCCUUUUAGGCAACACAGUUUGUUUUUCAAGAUAAGAAACGUUUUCAUUCCUUAUUGUGCAAUAGUUUUAUUCCAAACGUUCAUAGCUUUAUCAGAAUUCCCAUCGGCCUACGGCAUGACAGCGUUUUUGCUGGGACCGGUACGAAGCGGGUCUGUGAUAAUUGCCGUAGUUCUUUUUAUUAUUGUAUCCAAAGGCAAUGAUAGGACACAUUCACAUUGACUAUAUGCUACUUCAGCUAUGAUACCAAACAUCUAAAGAGACUAUAAUUCUGCAUUUUAAAUGAUUGGACACAUUCACGCUGAUUAUAAUCCUGCUUCAAUAUCAUAUAUAAUUCUGCAUUUUUAAUGAUUGGACACAUUCACGCUGAUUAUAAUCCUGCUUCAAUAUCAUAGGACACAUUCACAAUGAUUAAAAUGAUGCGGACACAAUCGCACAGACUAUAAUGCUGCUUCUGUAAUGAUAUGACACAUUCACACUGACUAUAAUGCUGCUUCUGUAAUGAUAGGACACACUCACACUUACUAUAAUGCCGCUUCUGUAAUGAUAGGACACAUUCGCACUGACUAUAAUGCCGCUUCUGUAAUGAUAGGACACAAUCGCACUGACUAUAAUGCUACUUCUGUAAUGAUAGGACACAAUCACACAGACUAUAAUGCUGCUUCUGUAAUGAUAGGACACAUUCGCACUGACUAUAAUGCUUCUUCUGUAAUGAUAGGACACAUCCACACUGACUAUAAUGCUGCUUCUGUAAUGAUAGGACACAUUCACACUGACUAUAAUGCCGCUUCUGUAAUGAUAGGACACAAUCGCACUGACUAUAAUGCUACUUCUGCAAUGAUAGGACACAAUCGCACUGACUAUAAUGCUACUUCUGUAAUGAAAGGACACAUUCGCACUGACUAUAAUGCUACUUCUGUAAUGAUAGGACACAUUCGCACUGACUAUAAUGCUGCUUUUGUAAUAGGACACAUUCGCACUGACUAUAAUGCUGCUUUUGUAAUGAUAGGACACAUUCGCACUGACUAUAAUGCUGCUUCUGUAAUGAUAGGACACAUUCGCACUGACUAUAAUGCUGCUUCUGUAAUGAUAGGACACAUUCACACUGUUAUGAUAGGACACAUUCGCACUGACUAUAAUGCUACUUCUGUAAUGAUAGGACACAAUCACACAGACUAUAAUGCUGCUUCUGUAAUG